AUGGCUCGGGAAACUGAGAGGCAAGGAGAAACGGCGGGAGGAGCAGCGGACAGCGGCGGGACGGUGGAAGCGAGGAGGCGUCGGGUGACGGUGAUCGGCAGCGGCAACUGGGGGAGCGUGGCCGCCAAGAUCAUCGCCACCAACGCCGCCGCUCUUCCCUCCUACCACGGUGAGCGAGCCGCCCGCAUGCAACUGGAUCCACCGGAUUUUGCUAUCUCUGGAUCGGACACCUGCAGAUUCAGGAGGAAAAGCGGCAGGAAGACUGACCUUCCGAUCUCUGAUGCGUCCAGACGAGGUGAAGAUGUGGGUGUACGAAGAGACCCUCCCAACAGGCGAUAAGCUCACCUCGUACAUCAACAGAACGAAUGUAAUGUUUGUUAUCUUCGUCGCCCUAAAACCCUCCCUCCUGCCCCCCAACUCUUCCUUUGCUGGAGAAUGCGGUUAAACAACUCGUGAAACCAACAGGAGAACGUCAAGUAUCUUCCAGGAAUAAAGCUUGGACCAAACGUGGUGGCGGAUCCCGACCUCGAGCAUGCAGGUAGGCACUCAGAAAAACUGGAAUCGUCCAACCUAUCGAAGAAAAUACCUUCUGCGGAAGGAUGUUGGGGGAAACUGGAACAAAGUUUGUAAAAUAUCACGUGAUGAAUUCUCGAGAACUAGCAGGCGCUUUUUCUUGUGGAUUUUUCGCAGUGAAAGAUGCAGAUCUUCUGGUCUUCGUCACUCCCCAUCAGUUCGUGGAGAGUAUAUGCAGAAGGCUUGUCGGGAAGAUCAGACGCGACGCAGAGGCUCUCUCGCUCAUCAAAGGAAUGGAGGUCAAGAAGGAUGGCCCAUGCAUGAUUUCAAAUCUCAUAUCCGAGAUGCUGGGGAUAAACUGUUGUGUUCUGAUGGGAGCAAACAUCGCCAAUGAGGUAAAAAAAAAAAAAAAAGGCUACCCGAUUUUUAGCUUUUCACCGAGUUCACCACUUAACCUGGGAUGCUGGAGAACAGAUUGCAGUCGAGAAGUUUUGCGAGGCAACAGUCGGUCACAAAGGGGACAAGGAGAUGGCACAGAGAUGGGUUCAGUUGUUCAGCACUCCUUAUUUCCUCGUAUCAGCGGUACGUCCUCCGUUCCCCAAUCUCAGUUUUUCAGAUAACAAUCGUUAUUUUCUUAUCUUUUUUCUAACUCAUACCCGACUAAAUGAGCCGAUCAGAAUUAGUCAACCAAGAAAGGGAAAGAAGACUAACCGUAUGAAUCAUUAAAGUAAGAAGAUAAAGAAAAUCAAUUAACCAGCAUGGUCGGAUCAUGGAAUUGCAGGCAAAAAUAAAUAAAUAAAUCUGCAUGAUGUAUAAAUAUUGGAUUUCACAUGAUCAAGAAAACAUUGGAUUUCACAGGUGCAGGAUGUAGAGGGGGUGGAACUGUGCGGAACUUUGAAGAAUGUUGUGGCCAUUGCAGCAGGUGGUAGUGAAAGCCAUGUUUAUUUUUCUUUCCUAUUUUCAACACUAUAAUUCAAUGGGAUGCCCAAAUGCUUCCAGGUCUGGCUGAUGGGUUGGAGAUGGGAAACAACACAAAGGUACACAGCAGCAUACAACAUACUCAACCCGCUGGAAUUGGGUAUCAUUUAAAAGAUUUCCUUGGAACAAAAAACAGGCCGCAAUCAUGAGGAUAGGCCUGAGAGAGAUGCGGGCGUUCUCCAAGCUCAUGUUCUCGACUGUCAAGGACACCACCUUCUUCGAGAGCUGUGGUGUGGCGGAUCUCAUCACAACAUGCCGUAUGAAAACCAAUACAAGCCCUUCUUCCCUCUCCCUAUGAAUUUCUCCAGUCACCACCUGACACCUAAUGCUCGCUCCUGUGUUUGUCAUUCACGCUUCAGUCGGAGGGAGAAACAGGAGAGUUGCAGAGGCUUUUGCCAAGUGCGGCGGAAAAAGGUCCUUCCUGAAGCUCUCCUUCCCCAUAAUCCUCCAGUAGUUCAUAUCCUUCACAAACGUACCUCCAUGUCCUUGAUUUCCUCUUAGUCUUAUACCCUGCUUUUCAACUCAAGAUCUUUCGAUGAGCUCGAGGCAGAGCUGUUGCGCGGCCAGAAGCUACAGGUAAAUAAAUUAUCAUAAAUCAAGUCCCUAUUUCUUACACUGAUGAACACCAGGCCAGAGAAGACGGCAAUCAAGAAUCACACAAGAAAAAGUGAAUCCAUUCAGACCAUCUAGCUCUAUGAUACGUGUGAACAGGAAGAAACAUGUUUGGGAGACCCAAUUUUCUUCUCUAAGGAAAAGAUAGCUUCUUGUCACCUUGGUGAAGUUAUAAAGCUACAGAGACACACAACAGUACACAACAGCCAGCCAUUCUGCAUGCUGGAUGAGAUCUAGAAAAUAAGGAGAUUCUUCCAAGAGGAAACUACAAACAAUUUAACAUGCAUUCAUUUGUUUUACAUCAAUUCAUCACCUUCUUUCUUAUUUUAGAAAAAUUUUGAAGGGUGUAUCCACAGCUCGAGAGGUUUAUGAGGUUCUGGGUCACCGCGGAUGGCAAGAGCUAUUCCCACUCUUCACAACUGUACACGAGAUAUGCGUUGGCCGCCUACCUCCAUCAGCCAUAGUGGAAUACAGCGAGCACACUCCCAAUUUUGCUCUUGUGGAGGGUUCUGCUCAGCUCUACUGA